AUGAAAGAAGAAAGAGAAAAGAAAAAGAAAAAAAAAAGGAAAAAGGAGGAAAAAGAAAGAGAAAAACAUAGAGACAGAGAUAGGGAUAGGGACAGAAAUAGGGAUAGAGACAGAGAAAGGUCAAGAUCCAAAGAUAGAAAAAAAGAAAGAAAAAGAUCAAUUUCAAAAGAAAAAGAUAAAGAAAGAUAA